ACCUGUUAACCUAGUUCGUGAUCAGUAUUCGUGCUACUCGGUCUAGUCAGUUAGAUUCGCGAAAAAAUUAAAAUCGUAACAAUAAACCGGUAGGACAGAAUUACCCACCAACUCGCCGACAGUCAGCGCGUCGUGUUUGACCGUGACAGAUCGUCCCCCAGUCGUUUUCAAAAACGCUCAAAAUGCCCCUCUUGUGUUUGUGAUACAGAACAGUGUUUGCGUUUUCAACCCUUACUGUACUCUUCUGAUUUUUUUUAUUUGCCCAGUUUUUCUUGUGUGAAGUUUAUCAAAACUCAUCAAAAAUGUCGAUGUCUAGAAGCAACACAGAGGAAACUCUGAAACUGAUCCGAAAGUCACUCCGCUCGCCGUGCAUGGAGCUCGAGGGCACCCACUUCGAUGGCAAUAUCCCGCACAUCUUUGUCACCUUCGGCGCCUCCGGUGACCUGGCCAAGAAGAAAAUCUACCCGACCCUGUGGUGGCUUUUCCGGGACGGUCUGCUUCCCAGCAACACACUCUUCUACGGAUACGCCCGAUCCAAACUCACCGUGCCUCAGCUCCGAGAGAAAUGCGAGCCCUACAUGAAGGUGAAGGAGGACGAGCGGGCCCGACACGAGGAGUUCUGGGCGCUCAACUUCUACGUGGCCGGGAGCUACGACACGCGGGCCGACUUCGAGAACCUGAACCAGGACCUCAUCAGCCACGAGCCCAAGACCGGGGCCGCCAACCGCCUCUUCUACCUCGCCCUCCCGCCCUCCGUCUUCGAGCCCGUCACCGUCCAUAUCAGGAACACCUGCAUGGGCACCCAUGGCUGGACCCGAGUUAUUAUCGAGAAGCCUUUUGGAAAGGACGCCGCCAGCUCGGAGAAAUUAUCGCAGCACCUCGCGUCCCUGUUUCCCGAAGAGCAGAUCUACCGUAUCGACCACUACCUCGGCAAAGAAAUGGUCCAGAAUUUGAUAACUUUGAGGUUUGGAAAUCGAAUAUUUUCUCCUGCAUGGUGUCGCGAGUUUAUUGCCUCCGUCCAGAUUACAUUCAAGGAGCCAUUCGGAACCCAGGGUCGUGGUGGUUAUUUCGAUGAGUUCGGAAUUAUCCGAGACAUCAUGCAAAACCACUUGCUCCAGAUCCUAAGUUUAGUGGCCAUGGAGAAACCUGCAACCAUCCACCCUGACGACAUCCGGAAUGAGAAGGUGAAGGUUCUUAAGUGCAUCCCAGAGCUGAAUGCAGAGAACGUUGUUUUAGGUCAGUAUGUUGGAGAUCCAAAUGGAGAAGGAGAGGCAAAACUGGGCUAUCUGGAUGACCCUACCGUUCCAAUGGGCUCUAACACGCCGACGUAUGCUCUAGCUGUCCUCAAAAUCAACAAUGAGCGUUGGGAUGGAGUUCCAUUCAUUCUUAGAUGUGGGAAAGCACUCAACGAGCGGAAAGCAGAAGUACGAAUUCAGUACAAUGAUGUACCUGGUGACAUCUUUGAAGGGAAACCUAAACGUAAUGAACUCGUCAUUCGAGUGCAGCCAGGCGAGGCAGUAUAUGUAAAAAUGAUGACAAAAACACCAGGGAUCUCCUUUGACAUGGAAGAAACAGAGCUAGAUCUCACGUAUCACAGCCGUUACAAGGGUGCAAAGCUUCCUGAUGCAUACGAGAGGUUAAUCCUGGAUGUAUUCUGUGGCUCUCAAAUGCAUUUUGUGCGAUCAGAUGAAUUACACGAAGCGUGGCGAAUUUUCACGCCCCUUCUUCACUCAAUCGAGAAAGAUAAGAUUCAUCCAAUACCGUACAAGUACGGUUCACGUGGCCCGCAAGAAGCAGAUGACCUUUGCCUCAAAAACAAUUUCAAGUAUUAUGGCUCCUACAAGUGGGUGCAGCCAAAACCAUGAGUCCUGCAAGAUGAGUUCUCACACCUUGUGGAGGGCCAUUGUUGCCCACUCUUUUCAGAACGUACAAUCAUUACGAGUAAGUUGUUCAUAACUUAGCCCAUUGUGAUAUUGUUUCGUCCAACUACUUAAAUUAUUCACCCUGCAGAGUUGGGACCCAAAGUAGCUAGUAGUAUAUCAAGAAAGCAAUGUCCAUAGCUUUCUUUUUGUUUUUUGCAUUUUGAAUCUUAAACAAUGUUAAAUAUUCUUCCCCCUCCCCCCCUUUUUUUUUCAAAUGAACUUAAUACCCAAUACUUAAGGCUUCUACAGACUCAACUUUCAAGCCUUACUUUCUUAUGAUACGGCUCUUUGGGUCACAAACUUAAGCUUUUUUAUAGUAAGAUGUGAAAAUAUUUUGUACUCUGGUUACCUUUAAUCCUGUAGAAAUAAUAAUUCGUGCUUUUUAAAAAUCUCUCCUUUCAAAUGCGAUUUUCUUGCAAAGAAAUGAGCAGAAGGGGAGAACUAAAGUAUGAUAUUUUGAUUUCCAUGUAUCCUACUUAAUUAUUUUGUAAUCCCUUUUUUACAAUGUUAGAAGCACAGUUUGUGUUGAGUUUAUUUUUAUUGUUGAAUAUUGAAUUGUGUCAUUUGACGUAGCAUUGCAACUGUAUUUGUUUACUUUGAAUCGUUGUAUCCUCAUCUAAUGUGUUAUUUCUGAUCAUAGUGGACAAUUUUUCAAGGCUAUUAAGUAUUUUUUCCUAUUUAUGUUUUUUUUUUAUUUAUACUUGUGAAACAAAACCAAAUUUUCUUGUGUCUGAACAUUCCAAUUUUUUUAAAAAAAAUUGAGCACUGUUUAAGUUAAUUGCUGAAAACUGAGGAAUAUCUAUCUUCAUAAAAUGAAGUGAUUUAGAGGGCUUUGAAAAGCAAACGUUUCCAAUUGUGCUCUUUUCCCUUUUAUCUCUAACUAAAGAAGUCUAAUUUUUUUGCAGUGAAUUCUGCUCUUGUCGAUGCUACAUUCUUAGUAGGUACCCCCGUCCGCUCUUUUUUUAAAUCAUUCAGAAUUAUAAUUUAUUUUCGGUUCCUUUUAAAGUGACGCAGCAGCAUUUACCUUCAAAUUUAAGUGGUAUUGACAAGAAAAAAAAGUUCCUUGCCAAGAGUGUAGUGUUUUUUUCUCAGAUUUUAAUCACAAUUUGAAAUGAGGCUACGCCUCCCACUCCACUUUUCCCUUCUUUUUUUUCUUGCAAGUUGGCGGCAUUGAAGUAUCAAAAAUAGUCCUGAGCAUGGGUCUAAAUUUGCUUCUUAAGCAUUCGUCUUAAUUUUCGCUUUUAUCCCGGUAGGCAUGCAAGGACAUAUGCAAGGAGAAAGAAUCCAGGAACAUUUUUAAAUGAGAAUAUUUAAUGUUUUAUAUAUUUUUUCCACUGGAGCAAUAAGUGCAUAACCUCAGCUUUGAAGCUUCCAGGAGUCGUAGCAGAUUGUAAAGUUCAAGUUCCAGACAAGAAAUUAAAUUAUUUAUGAAUUAAAGAUAAAUACGAAAACAUGACAUUCUUCGAAAUUCUUUCCUGCCAUGAACUUCCGUUCACUAGAGAAAAACAACAUCCGAUUCGAAAGGAAUUUUCUAAGAAACCAUUUAUUUUUGAUAACUAUUGAAGUGUUGGUCCUGUGCAUAAGGAGGUGGUUCGACUUUAUAAUUUGACCUUUCUGAGAAAAUUAUGAAGGGUCUCUUCUUUCAAGAUAAUUCUUUAAAUGAAAAAAAGUUUGUUCUUUCCUCUCAGUUUUAUUCGUUCUGUUUAGUAAUAUUUAAGUAUUGCAACCAACCAUGUACAUUGAGCCUUUCAGCAGUUUCAGCUAUAUUUUUUUAAAGUUUUGUACGUUUGUUCUCCUCAGUUUUUUGUGUUCAAAUGUUUCAUUUCUCUGUUUUUUUUUUAACAAUUGUUAAACCGUAGAGCUCUGUAUCAUCUCAGUCCUUAACUUCAAUAGCUGAUUCAACGGAAUGGGCUUUAUAGUUCAAUCAGUGUUUUUAUUUUUCAUCAAGGAGUUAUCAAAUUUCACAUGAUUUGACAAUAUUGCACAAAUGAAGAUUUUUUUCUUCAUGAUGAGUUGUGUCAAUUUCUCGUUUACGAAUUUUGAGGAGUGCUUAUUACAAGAACUUACACUUAAAAAUCUUUCAAACCCUCGCUGCAAAAAUUAUAAUUUUAAGAACAAGCUCAUUAAAUUUCUGUAAAUCCUGUUGGGAACUGGUAUUUUUGAUUCCUAAAAAAUUGUAUUCAGCAUUUAAAAGCGAUUCUCUGUUUCCUCUUUUGUCAAUCAAUCUUGGAUGCUGCAGGAAUCUUAACACUUAAUUUCACUUGUAGUCAAAUUAAAUCACAUGGUCUGUGUGAAAUUCCUGGAAUCCAGCAGCUCUGCAGAAACUGCCCCUGUGGUUUCAGCCACAUUAAUUACUGAUUCAAUGUUAACAGGGAAAAUAUUGAGAUAUUCCUCCAUAAAAUGUUAUUUUUUAAAUAAAAAAAAUAACAAAAAAGAAAAAUAAUAAAAUCAUGAAGCUCUCUCUAGCCAGGAAUUUCAAAUGGAGAAAGUUAACCUAAAACAGCAAGAAUAGAAGGGAAAAAAUUAUGCGAAAAUUGCCAAUAAUUUUUCAAUGUAUGUAAAAAUUGAUAUCUUGAUAGAAUGUUUACUAAAAUUUUGUGGUAUUUUGUACAGUUGUAAGUCCCCUAAAAGGAAUAUUAUCAUUCAGUGAUUUUUGCAUUUUUAUUUCUCAAAACAUGUUUGAAUCAGCAAACGUAGCAACUCUUAAAACAGUCGAUUUUCACUUUUUUACUUUAUUUUUCUAGGUAUGUCUUCUUUUUUAGUAUUUUUCUAUUUGAAGCUUUCCCCGUGACGAUAGUUUUAAAAACGCUUUAACUUUUUAUGCGAACAAAAACACUAGUAUAAUUAUAAGUAUUCGUUCUUGACAAUACCAAUUACUGUUAUUAUUCAUCUGGUUGCAUUUGUAGGUUUCCAGGUGAAUAUAUAAUAAUCAUUACAACACUCACUUACUUAAAAAAGGUCUCCUCACCGGAAGUUUUUGCAGUUGCAUCCUACAUUUCAUCUCCUCUCCAUGUGAACAUUUAUUCCUAAAUUUAUAUUUUACAGAAAUCACUUCAUACCUCAAAUUUUUCAUUAUCAUCAUAAUUAAUAUGCUAACUUUUAGAAUGCUUUUUCUGAUGCCACAACUGACUGGUUUUUUUUAUGGGUAUGUUGAUGAGAACCAACAAUUCCAAUAUUUUUCCUGUAUUUGGUUGUUUAAUUGUUCACUUGUUAGUUUUCUUCGUAAUUUGCUGAAGCAAGCUGGAGCUAAUAAUUACAAAUUCAUCAAAUAACGGAAACUUCUAAUCAGUCUUUGUGGCAUCAGCAGAGACAUAUCUCCGGCUAGAUAUAAUCACUGGUGUGGAAAGCAAUGUGUUAAUUUUUACACCAUAAUAAUUAUCAAAGAUUAUUUUUUAACUUCUUAUGUUUCAACACUCAGUGAGCUUAUUUAUGAGUACCACUUUUGUAAAAAUGUAUUUUUAAGUCAAGAGGAUCACUCAUGAAGCUCUUAAUUUGAUAUGAGGCUUUCCAGGCCAUGAAAAUUUGUGGGUAAUUUUCUUUGUCUCUUCCCCCAUUCCUAAUUGAUUUUUAGGAUUUUGACUGUAUAAAUAAACUCGUCAUUUAAGUGAAACUACUAAACAAGAAAAAUUAAAGGGGCAUGAGAAGAAAAAUUUCCCUCAAAUAACUUCAGCAUGAAAAAUUUAUCGUUCAUACCUAAUGAAAUUAGAAUUUUCCAAAUUGUAGAUGUUACCUCUUGAAUACCAGCAGAAUGAGGGUCCCAAGCAGGCUAACUAUUCAGGGUUAAACAUUUUUGAAUCAGCGCUGAAUCUCUAGGUUAAAAGUCUCAAAUUCAUGCCCUCUUUCGAAAUCCAGAUUUUGGGCUAACUUGGAUUUGGAAUCCAGACCAUGAGUGAUGGUUUUGAUUGGAAUCAGUUCAAUUGCACCCAUACAAACUUUUUCAGAUGAACAUUAUUUUAAUGUUCCCCAAUUUCCUCUUAUGUUUUUUUUUAAAUAAAAAAAUCAAACAACAUUCUAGUUUGAAAUUUUGUGAGCGUUUUUUUUAAUCCAGAGGAAAUUCGCAGUAAGCUCCGAACUCCAUUUUGCUUUUAUCUCCGUUGAACAAAUAGCCUAUGAGAGGUAAUUAGGUAAGGUAAAAUUGUCACUUUCCUGCUGAAGUAUUACUAGUGCCAAUCGUCCUUUGACACUAUGUUGUCAAACUUCUCCAGUGUUUUAUAGAAAAACUAAUGAAGAGAACCCCAUGAAAGUGUUACAUGAUAUUUUUUUUUUUUUUUUUUUUGUCAUCAAGAUGAAUUCUAGAAAUUUGUAUAAAAGACUGUGCAAAAUGUUUAAGGGAGAAAUCAAAAGAACAUUGAAAUUUCGGGCAACAUAGCGUUUGAGCAAAAACGGCGCUUGUGACACUUGGACUGGAAAGUGAUGAAACACAGAUGUCGAUGGCCAAAAAGCAGAAUCAUGUAUUUCCGUUUGCAAAGUUGCAGAGUUCCUGUCAGACUUAAUUUUUCUUCUGAAAACCAACCAACAUAAUCUCUUGAAAAAUUCUCCGAUUUUUCUUCUGAGUCAGCAGAAUAUACUGUGUAAAUUUCAAGCUAUGACAUUGACUUGCUUCUUUUCGAAAUACACGGUUUCGCAUUCUGGCCAUCGAUCUGCUGAUUCUAGUGGAUGCUAUUCAAAUCCAGCUCAUGUUUACCUCAAUUUUGAACUUGAUACUGAAAAGCUGGUGAGUGGUUUGUUGUUUUUAUGAAUUCGAUCUUGAAUAUCUUAUUUAUUGUUAUUUAAUAUGACACCAAGUUGACGUUUUAAUACAAUUUCAUUUUUAUUUGUAUAACAAACUGUUGAAUUUAAAUUGAUCACAAUGCAAUAAAAUAUUUUUGUAAAAUAA